AUGACGCCUCGACUCGCCCACUUCCAGCUUGUGAUGAUCCGCGACAUGAUUGACAGCAGAUCGCUGACUACCUCUCAGAUGGCCGACGCGGCUGGCUGCAGCAAAUGUUCGAUCAUAACCAUUAGUAGCAACCGUGCAGAUUUGAGAGAUCAUUAUCUGCAUCAGCUAUCAGAUUUCGAUUUCCGCUCGUAUCACCUGGUCUUCAUAGACGAACCAGGCUGUGAUAAACGGGCUGGCUUCAGGAGGACCCGCUGGUCCCCGCGCGGAGUGGCACCUGUCCAGGUUUCCCGUUUCCAGCGCGGACAGCGGCAUCAGAUUCUCCAAGUAUAUUGCCAAGAUGAUAUCUUGAUGUCAUUGACAGACGCGAGUAUAUUUGAAGUCUUUAUUGAGCAGCUCCUCCAUCAUUGUGGUGGAUGGCCGGGGCCAAAAUCCGUUCUUAUCAUGGACAACGCGUCUUUUCACCACACUGAACGAAUAGGAGAGCUAUGUUCAAAUGCCGGUGUCAAGCUGCUGUACUUACCACCACCAUACUUACCUGAUUUAAACCCGAUCGAAGAGUCCUUUGCGGAGCUCAAAGCAUUUGUACCCCACAAUCCACCACCACAUUAA